AUGAUUUCGCCGAUUACUGACCAAGAUCGUCUGCGCCUAUGUUGCCAGGAAGGAGAAUAUAAUGUGCCUGUGCCUGCGCUAUUGAAUCUUUUAUCGGCGAGAGUUAACCUCCGCAGAUGUGUUGUGGCUGGUGGCUAUACUUCUUCUAGGCUUGAGAUCUUUCUAGCCGCAUUACCAUCAGCUAUGUUAGAAAACAGACAGUCGUUGCCUACGUGUUUCUCAGCUGGGAAGGUGCGUGGUGGACUUGCUUGGUGGAGCAUAGUGUACUCUGCCACUUUCGUAUAUUCGUACCGUACACUCGGGAGGAAGGCUCGCGGUCUAUCUAGAGCAACGUAUGUGAUUGGUGAUCGUGAUAGAGUGGAAAUACAAGAUUUCAAUGGGUUUGCUAGGUUGAGCGGUCAUGAUUUUCACGAUGGGCGACCGCAGCCUAUUCUACGGAAGACCCGUGAUCGAGGCCUUGUCUGCGCCACCAGCAUCGUUGAACUACUAGAUCUAAAUAUCAAUCUUUGUCAACGACUUGCUCCGAUGGCUGGGCCUUCUUCAAUAUUCAAGGCCUCGAUCGGUCGGUAUCUCGAUAUUGCGUUGAGUGAGAAGUAG